AUGGAAGUUAAAAAUCAUAUAAUGGAUGGAAUAAAUACUUCCACUAGAUGGAGAUUACCUACAACCGGAGAAACUUUUCAAAAUGUAGAUGGAGAAAUUCCUACAAUUAAUAUAAUAGCUGUCAUUGGUGGUGGAACAAUGGGAGCAGGAAUUGCAAUUGCCUUAGCCAAUGCCAAUUAUAAAGUAAUCCUCCUUGAAACAAACAAUGAUAUGCUUCAUAAAGCUCAGGAAAGAAUAAAAAUAUUAUUAAAUCGUGAAAAAGAAUUAAAAAGAUAUAAUGACAAUAAUUUGAAAAAAAUAUUUAAAAAUAUAUCAUAUACAGUAGACUUUAAAUUAAUUUCAGAGGCGGACUUGGUUAUUGAGGCGGUAUUUGAAAAUAUGGAAUUAAAAAAAAAAUUAUUUGAAAAAUUAAAACCUAUACUUAAAAAAAAUUGUAUUGUUGGAUCAAAUACAUCAUCUCUGGACAUUGAUGAGUUAGCAAAUAGUAUAAAACCAUUUAAUUUCAUUGGUAUUCAUUUUUUUAAUCCUCCUCAUGUUGUAAAAAUAAUUGAAAUUGUAUAUGGAAAGACAACAAAAGGAGUCAGUGUUACAGUUGGAUUUGAAAUUUCAAGACAAAUGAAGAAGUAUGCAAUAUUGGUUAAGACAUGUCCAGGAUUUCUUUUUAACCGCCUACUAUUUGUUUAUAUAGGAAUUGUUUCUGAACUCAUUAAUACUUAUGGCCUUUAUCCUUCAAAAAUUGAUGAAAUUUUUAAAAAGUUUGGAUUUUUAAUAGGACCAUUAACAAUGUGUGAUAUGAAUGGUCUUGAUGUUAUGAGUAAUGUUUUUAAGGAACAAAAUUUUAAGCUUAAUGAAUUAGAAGAAUGGCUCAUUAAAAAAGGAGACUAUGGAAGAAAAACAGGACGUGGAUAUUAUUUAUAUGAUAAUAAUGGAAAAAAAAUAAAUAAUAAAGAGGUUGAAGGUAAAAUUGAUAUUUUAAAAAAAAAAAAUCUUAAAGAAAUUGGAUUGGUAAAUGAUAAGGAUAUUAUUGAAUUUGUUCUCUUUCCAUAUAUUAAUGAAAUAUUUAAAUGUUUAGAAGAAGGUAUUGUUUCAUGUUCAUCACAUGUAGAUUUGAUAAAAAUUUUUGGUUUGGGAUGGCCAUUACAUACUGGUGGACCAGUAAUGUGGGCGGUAAAUGAAAUAGGUUUACAAAAAAUUGUUGAUAAGCUUGAUUUUUGGUAUUUGAAAUAUAAAAAUCCAUUAUACAAAGUUUGUGAUUUCUUACGUCAAGAAGCAACAAAUAAACAAUCAAUAUUAAUAAAAAAUAAAAUAUAA